ACUUUGAACCUCUAGCCUACCCUGCAUCAGAACCCAAAAGGGCUCCCACCGACAUCACUCCUCGUCCUAAUUAUUCGUCCUCACUUCAUAAAAACACUCGGCAUGGCGACUGCUCAGGGACCAAUUUCAGUAUCUAAUCUCGGGGACUGCAAUGUAGCAUAUCAGGCUAUCGCAGCUGUUCUCAGUCACCGCCCGCUGGCGCAACAAUCAGGUGAAGACCAAGCACACCUGCUGGAGAUUGAGAUUCUUGGCCGGAGUCACCCAGUCCCUCCGGGCUUGCACAUACUCCAGGAUGAAAAUGCUGUGGCUGUAGUCAAAGCCUCUCUCGCUUUGGCUUUCAUAGAAGCCCGCAGGAUAUUUUUGCAGUUGGCGCAGGACAUCUCCCAUCAUGAAUCCCAAGUCCUCGAGGCGACGGCCGUAAUGCUCCUCUUCGACCCGGAGCAUCUGACGGCCGCAAACACGCGCAAGAGGAUUCUCUUGCUGCAGGCUUCUCGAGGAGGCAUGGAUGACUUUGCUCCACUGUUAUCUCAGGAGACGUGGCUCGUCGACUCGCUUCUCACGAGCCGUCUGAACCGACAUACAAAAUCUCCCACGUUGUGGGGUCACCGAAGAUGGCUGAUUGGGAUGUGUAUCACCACAUGGGGCCUGCCGAUUAACGUGUACGACAGUUUUGUUAAAGUGGUGAUGGUCUCGGCGGAGAGGCAUCCGAGAAACUAUUAUGCCUGGGGCCAUGCACGAUAUUUAAUGACUCUGCAUAGCAGCCAGUCCAAGGACAAAAAGUGCACAGGCCUUGGACAGGCAACCCGCAUGAUCACCGAUGCAGUGAAGAAAUGGGUGUUCCGGCAUCAUACAGAUACGUCAGGGUGGUCAUUCUUAGAGCACCUCGGUCGCACUUUGCCAGAGAAGGAAUGGGCGGCCAUAGUCAAGGAGACGGCAGAGUUGGCCAUGUCGCUGCGGUGGACAGGCGAGUCUGUUUGGGUGUUUCUGCGCUCGGCUAUUGCCUCUGGAAAAUCGGGGUCCGCUGGCAGGGAGAGCUUUGCAGCGGCAGUCGAGGCUCUACAUUGCACACUAUCACGGGAGCCCAAGAAACUCGAGACUGUACGCAAGGCUGAAGACUGGAUUCAGAUCCACGAAGUUGUGGCUCUCGAUGCGUCUACAUAAUUCUUGGGCCUUCAUAAUUACACUGUCGUCUAAUACACUGCCUCACUACCUUUCUUCUCGUCAUGUGGUGCGUAGAAUGAUCCUCGGAG